CCGGCCUCCGGUCUGGUCUCGCCUCGCCGGCUCGGUCGGGCUCUCCCGUGUCCCCGGCCUCCCCUCCCGGCCGCCCCGCUCCCCCGCUCCAGGGCUAGAGCGGCCCGCGCCCCGACAGACGGACCUGCGGACCGACCGAGCGACCCGCGCCGCCGAGCGGAGCAGCCCGUCACCAUGGACCCGCCAUCCCUGGACACAGCCAUCCAGCAUGCCCUGGCAGGCCUCUAUCCUCCUUUUGAGGCCACAGCACCCACCAUCCUGGGGCAGGUGUUCCGUCUCCUGGAUUCUGACUUCCAGGGGGAUGGGCUGAGCUUUCUUCUGGAUUUCCUUAUUCCUGCCAAGCGCCUGUGUGAGCAUGUGCGUGAAGCAGCCUGUGCCCCGUACUCACACUGCCUCUUCCUGCAUGAGGGCUGGCCCCUGUGCCUUCGGGGUGAGGUCGUGGUGCACCUGGCUCCCCUCAAUCCCCUCCUAUUGCGCCAGGGAGACUUCUACCUCCAAGUCGAACCCCAGGAGGAGCAGUCGGCCUGCAUCAUGUUCAAGUGCCUCUCCUUGGACCUCCGCACAGUGGACACAAAGCCUGUUCCCGAGUCAUCCUACCCGAUACUUUUCACCUCAACGUGGCUGGAGGCCAUCAACAGUGACUUUGAGGGAAGUCCCCUACACAACUGCCUGGUAGCCUCAGAAGAUGGGAUUGCCCCUGUGCCCUGGACCAAGAUAACCAGCCCAGAGUUUGUGGAUGACAGACCCCAAGCAGUGAAUGUCCUCUCCCUGGCCUGGAGUUCCCUUCAAUUAGAGGCACUUGAUUUGAGCCGCCCCCCGGAGCUGCCCCAGCCCCGGUCCCCAGGCAGCCAGCUGCUGCUUACCCAGAGCUUGGCCAAGGGUAAGGGCAGGACAUAUGGAAACAAAUACCCAGGACUCAUCAAGGUGGAGCAAGCCAGGUCUGCAAAGGUGCCCUAUAGGAUGGACGAUGUGGCCAUCCAGGACUUGGAAGGAGACUAUGUCGCCCUCCUGGAGAGCAGAGGAGGGUCUCCCAGUAGGGAAGUGGAGACAUCCAGUGGGUAUCCUUUGGGGACCCUGGAGGAACAAUCCAAAACUAAGGAAAUCCCUUUCUCUCAAAGAAUGCCACCUCUCUCAGGUACAAAUGGGGGACCUUCCUUGAAAAAAUGGGCUUGUGAGAAGCCAGCAAACUCAGAAGAUGAGCCUUGCCUUUUGGGCUUCAGGAGAAAGGUCAAUCAUAAAGUUGACUCACCCACUCACGACUCCGAACACCAGCCCCCAGAGCCGUACCUCAGCAUCCUUGAGAAACCACUGCCCUGUGCUUCUGGCCUUGAGACAGGUGGUUCAGAUGAGUCAGCUUCCUCCAGGAUGCAGGGACCUCUAGGAAACCCAGAAAAUAUGGUCCAGCCCAGGCUUGAACCAAAACAAGCAUCCUCCCUGCACCUGUGCCCAGCUUCCCCUCCUGCUGCUCCGGCCCCUGGAACCAAGGUGGAAGAGAGAGCCAAACAGGGAUAUGGGAGUCUUCUCAAACCUGGGACUGAUCCCAGUCAGCAUACCUCCUCUUCCAGACCCCCCACUCCUGGGCCCAGAUUCUCUUUCUUGAAAGGGCAAAGGCAAGCCCCCCAACCCCCCGAGAAAGCCUCACCCCAGCACGACGGGCCCUGGAAAGUCUUGUGUUCGCUCUACUCUCCCAAACCCAACCGAGCCAAGUGCUUGGGGAAAGCUGGAACAACUCAGACCAAAACAUCUGGCCCAGCCGCUGACUCAGGCCCACUGACUGGGGAAAAGGCUGGCUUCCCAGAAGGCCCUCCAGAAAGAGGCCCCAGUCUGGACGAGGAGUCCCCAGGGCUGGAGCCCAGGAUUGGGGCUCUGAGUGCGGAGCUCUUCCAGUCAAGGAUAGCAUGCCUGCCAGGUGGUCGGGACAGGGCAGGGAGGCCCCUGCUUCUGGUGUCAACCACCCAGGGGGCCUGGGAGGCACCAUGGUGCACAGCCUCAGAGGUCACCAAGCUGCUCUCCUACCUGUGCUCAGUCCCCAGGCCUGAAGAUAAAACCAAGGGGCUGGCGGUUGUGAUCGAUGCCAGGAAACAGCCCCCACACCCUGGUCUGGUCAGUGCCCUGCAGUCCACCCAGGCUCUGGCCCCAGCCUCCAUCCGUGCUGUGCUCUACCUGGGGGAGAAGGAGGCUGCUCUCCAGCUGGAGACGUUACCUGGCAUCCAGGUAGAGGCGGUGACCUCCCUGAAGGCUCUCGGCCACCACGUGGACCCCAGCCAGCUGCCCCCAGCCCUGGAGGGCCCCUUCCCCUACUGCCACGGCGAAUGGGUGCAGUUUUUCCAGAAGUUGGACCCUUUCCUAGCUGACCUCCGCCAGGCCUCCUCCUUGCUAAAGACUUCCAUCAAGCAGUUUGAGAAGAGUCACCCCCCUGGAGGGGUGCAGGAGGCCUCCAGGUGUCUGAGCAAGUCCAAGGAGCUGAUGGAGGCCGUGCUGAGGGACCCAGGCCUGCUGGGCCUCCAGCGGGAAGGGGGAGCCACUCUGGCCAGGCUGCGGCAGGAAGCUGGUCGGCUGGACUUCAACCCCGAUGUCAGGAGCCAUCUGGCUGAAGCUGUCACCUGGUACGGCCUCGUGGAUGAGCAGCUGCAUGUCCUGGUCACUGCAUCUAACCACCUCCUGGGGAGGCUGGAGCUCCGCAUCCGACUGGGCCGCCUGGAAGCUGCCAUCCACCAGGUCAGCAGCUGGAUGGAGCAGGAGGGGAGCCGGUGCCUGCAAGUGCUGACCCCCAAAGACACAAGCUUGGAGACUAUAGAGAAGGCCCACGCCGAGUUUGAGGACUUCUUCCUUCAGGCUGCGGCCCAGUACCGCCGUGGCCUGGAGCUGUCCAAGCAGGCGGCUCAGCUGGGAGCUGCGGCCGAAGGCACCAGAGAGGCCGGAGGAGCGGAGUGUCCGGAGCUGGCGGCCUUGGCCUCCACCCGGCGGGCCUUCCAGGCGAAGCUGACCCACUUCUACAUGGCGGCCGAGCGGCAGCGCACAGACCUGGAGACGCUGCUGCACCUAUACCACUUCUGCAGGAAGAUGACCUGGUUUCACAUGGACUGUCAGGACCUGAUGAGACAGCUCAGGCUGGGCAAGACCCAAAGGGCCAGCCCUGGAGACCAGCGCCGCCUCCUCCGCUACCUGCAGCGACUGGCGUCUGAGUUCCCUGCAGAGAAGCUCACGGCCAUGGAGCUGCAGGUGGCCUCUCUGAGCCAGGAGGGCCUGGGCCAGGACCUGUGGGAAGAGGCCCGGGUGAGACACGAGGAGAUCCAGACCCUCCUGAAGAAGGCACUAGCCCACUGUCCAUGCCCAGAAGGGCCCACUCCCCCCUCAGCAUACCCGGGACUCAGAAGGGCAGCUGCCAAGGGCCAGAGUCUGAAUGGAGAUGUUACUUCCAGGGGAAGACCAGGCCUGCCCCUCCAGGAUUCACUAGGCCUGGAUAGUUCGCCAAAUUCCUGUUGGCCUCAGGCCCCCAGAGAGGGGCAGAACAGAAAUUUGCAGGCAGGCCUUUUGCCGCAGGACAUUGGUCAGGCCCCAGAGGCUGAUGAAGGCAAAGGCCCCCAUGAGCCAUUUCCGUUUCCUGCCCCUGAGGGCUUCCUGGCCCCCCUCUUCUCCUGGCAGCGACUCCCCAGGCAGAGUCAGACCCCCCAUCCCACGGGGGGCAGCUUCUCCUCAGAGGGGACAGACUCACAGACGUCCCUGGAGGACUCCCCCCAGACGAGUCCCCCUGCAUCCCUCUAGCUAGGACCCCCUCCAAUCGUACCAGGCUCUGGGGUCGGGGGGGGUGGCUGGGAAGGGGCCCAGGGACAAGAGGACGCUGCGGAGCCCUGGCUGAUCCUAUGGGACCUGGCUCCUGAGCACUCGCUGUAUGUUUGGCCCAUGCUAGGAGAGGGUAAGAACCCGAACCCAUUCCCAGCUCUAGAAAACUCUAGGAAGACCUGACUCCAUCGGAAUAGAGAGUACUGAGGGCAAGGCAGGACACCGUAGAGCCUGGGAGACUCCGUAAGCCCCGCAUCCCAUCAUGGAUGGAGCUGUUGGUACAGACCCUUCCAGAGGUCUUGGCAAGCCUGACACCCAUCUGGAGUUCGGGGGUGCAUUAGCUUCUCCUUGGGGCCCGGGGCGGGGGCAUAGUUGCCAUGAGUGGGGAGAUUCCGGGGAGUGGCUUCUGAUCCGAGACUAGGAUUCCAGUGCCUGUUUAUUUGGCAGUGAUUCCAGGAACCACAGGGAGGAGGUGAGUGUGGGAAGGGAAUAA